UAUGUUGACACAUUUCCAAAUGUGCGUUACUAUCCGCUCUGUUCUCCUGACGACAUUUCCGGAGUUACACCCGACUCCAUUUUGCACGAAAACAAUCUUUGGGGAAAAUAAAUGAUAUUUAUUCGGGCUGACAAAGUGCCCCAACCUGCCUUUGCCACUUUUCUCCAACUGAAGGUGCCAGCUGUAUGUUGACACAGAAACUGGCUGGAGAUCAGCAUGAAGGAUAAUUGCACAGUUUAUUAUCAGCAUGUCAUGAAUCAAGUCUGAGGACGAAAAAUAUCCCUGGCAAGAGCUUCUUUAUUAUGAAACAUGGACCGGGGUACAGUUGACAGCCCCGUCACUCUUGUCAUUAAGGCACCCAACCAGAAAUACGAUGACCAGACCAUCAAUUGUUUUUUGAACUGGACAGUGGAGAAAUUGAAAAAACACAUCUCCAACGUUUAUCCGAGCAAGCCGUCAUCUAAGGACCAGAGACUUGUCUAUUCUGGACGGCUUUUGCAGGAUCACUUGCAGUUGAGUGAUGUGCUAAGAAAGCAAGAUGAAUAUCACAUGGUCCACCUGGUCUGUGCUUCACGUAGCCCCCCAUCGUCCCCAACUCUUGGAAACCCGGUUGGCACUAUUAAUUCAAGUUCUUUAACUUCAGACAGUGCUGGUCCAUCCUCCUCCGCUUCCACCCCCAGUCAGGACAUCCCAGCUGGGAGUUCUGAUGGACUGCGGCACCGGGGAAACCCGGUACAAACACAUGGCCUCAAUCCUGCCCCUAAUGGUGUGAUGCAGAGGCCUGAAGGAAUGCCUCUUCCCAUGCAUGGUGGUGCCGAUGCGGGCUUCCCCGCCCACCCUAUGUACAUGCCGAUGCAAAUGUUUUGGUGGCAGCAGAUGUAUGCUCGGCAUUAUUACGUGCAAUAUCAAGCAGCCAUGGCAGCCUCCCAGGCGUCCAGCAUGGCCCAUUCUAACACUCCCAGCGCUUUCCCCCCUACUCAGCAAGCACAGCCUAAUGAACCUGCAGUUCCUUUGGGACCAAACCCCGCCCCUGAAGAUCACCCUGCCAACCCUAACAUCCAGAUAAACGCUCAGGGAGGAGCCAUAUUGAAUGACGAUGAGCUCAACCGGGACUGGCUGAACUGGAUGUAUACCGUGUCACGUGCUGCCAUCCUCCUCAGCAUCGUCUACUUCUAUUCCUCCUUCGGCCGCUUCAUCAUGGUGAUCGGUGCCAUGCUGCUGGUUUAUCUGCACCAGGCUGGCUGGUUUCCCUUUAGAGCAGAGUUGCAGAAUCCAAGAGCUGGAGAAGGUCCGCAAGACGAGGCUGAUCAAAACCAAGAUAUGCAGGAGAUGGAGCAUAUGAUGGAUGAGGGGAUGGAGGAUGACGAGGGGGACAGUGGAGAGGAAGGUCCUGAAGACCCCAUGAAUGGAGGUCCGCAACAGCCGGGCUGCCUUUUGGCCGCAUGGUCCUUCAUCAGCACUUUCUUCACCUCUCUAAUCCCUGAGGGACUUCCACAUGCUGCAAACUGAACUCGCACAUCUCCACAUUGUCAAUGCACAGUGAAAACAACAAUACAACAUGGUAUGCCAUGUACUGCAAAGUCUGUAACGCUGCUUCAAUGGUGUUCAAUUCUCCCUCCUACGCUUUUCUUUCCUGCCUUUUUCAAUAAGUCGGGGUGAGUUUUGAAUGAGGUUUCAUGGAUGUGCUAUCCAUGUUGGUGACAAAAUACUUUUUUCAUUGAUCAGUAAGACCUAGAGAACCAUGCAGUUACUUUAGUGCAGAACUAAUUUUUCUCUUUCUCGUGUGUAAAAAAGAGUAAAUAUUUACAGAUAUGAAUAUAUGCAUCUCAUUGAAAUAAGGUGUUUUUAAAUAAAAUCAGGGUUUGGUUUCUUAGUAUAAUAAGUGGUUUUAUUUCCUCCAUAUGAUAAAGCAGAGCAAUUACUGUUACACCCACUAGUGGGCGCCACUGACUUAAAAACCCACUUUCUUAAAGGUGCUUAUUUCCUAUGACUAAUGCAUUUUCUCACUUCCUUACAUUUUACUUUUAUGAUUUACACCAACAUAUGUGAGUGUGCACUAUGUCUAGCACUCUAAUGUAUAUCAAAACAGUGGGCUGAUUUAUUCAUGCAUUGUUUUUUACCAAUCGGGGUGUGUAGUUACAAGCAAACCACUAUGGCCAUUAACCAUAAUUCUAUGUGACUGUCAUGUAUAUAUAUAUAUAUGGAAUAAUGUAUAGAUUUAGCUUUUAUGGAAAGAAAUUGGUACUUUAAUUCACCAAAGUGGCAUUCAACUGAUCACAAUGUAUAGCCAGGACAUUAAUAACGUGAAAAAUUACUAUUACAGUUUUAUACAAUUAUUACACAAAUAAAUGAUGUGAUCCAAAGUGAAUUUGAACAGCAGUGAAACACUUUCUUAUGAUGUGUUACAUUCAUACGAGCAGACAGAGAAGUAAGUUUGAAGAAAGUUUGGAGCAGAAGAAAUAGAAAUAAACCUUGUGUAAAUUGUCAGCUUUACGCUAAACUAAAAUGCUAUUUCAAGCCAUUUUACAUGCACAUGAUACCAGUCACAGUUAUAUUUUUUUUAUCAAGACAAUUCACUUUAGAUCAUAAUUUCUUUUUUCUAGUAAGACCUUUAAUAUUAGGGCAAAAAUCGUAUUCUUGAUAAUAAUUUUUUUUUCCUGUAAAACUAUAUAUAAAAAAAAACCUUAAAACAAGAUCAAUUUGAUUGAUCUUGUUUUAGAAACAACACUGCAUAAGAUAUUUAGGUUUUUCAGAGAAUGUAUUUUUAACAUGUGUAUUUUGUGAGUUUUCAUAGUCAAAACAAGUGAAAAAAUCUGCCAGUGCUGAAGAAGAAAUCCAAAGUAUUUAGAGAAUCUGAUACUAACGGAUGAGUAAUCUAAUGGAAUACGUUACAAAUGACAUUUUACAGCACGUAUUCUGUAAUCUGUAGUGGAGUACAUUUCAAAAGUAACCCUCCUAACCCUGCUGAUUUUUUAGUUCCAAAUUAGCAAUUAGAUUUCUCAAGGAUAAGAUGUUGGAGUGAUGGCUGCUGGGAAUGGGGCAUGUCUAGAUUUGAUCAAAAUGACUUUUUUCAAAUAGUGAUGGUGCAGUUUUUACAUCAGUAAAGUCCUGACUAUACUUUGUGAUCAGUUGAAUGCCACUUUGGUGAAUUAAAGUACUAAUUUCCUUCCGAAAAUUUGUACAUUAUUCCAAACUUUUGCCCGGCAGUGAGUGUGAGUGUGAGUGUGAGUGUGUGUGUGUGUGUGUGUGUGUGUGUAUCUUUUCUUUGUUGUUGUUGUUUUUUUUUUACAAUAUACAGUAGAAAUAGCUGAUGAGAGAAGUGAUGCACCCAGGUUUUUUUUAUAUUUAUAAUGUACUUUAUUGCAGAGGACAGAUAUUUAACUUAAAUGAAUAUUCUGGGUUCAAUACAGGUUAAGCUCAAUCAAGAGCAUUUGUGGCAUAAAUCAAAGAAAAAUCUAAAAUCUGGGUUACAGUGAAGCACUUACAAUGCAAGUCAAUGGGGCCAAUCUGUUAACAUUUAAACAUCCACAAGACAAACAAUAUGAGUGUUAAUGUGAUUUUAGUGUGAUAAAAUCAGAGUUAUAUCCGAUUUUACAACCCUAAAACGACUGUGAAAAUUAUGAUUUAAACACCUUUACAGCUCAAAUAAAAUCAAACGUUUUAACAGAAGAAUUAAUCUUUCUGAUUUUAAACCCUCCAAAAAAACAAAAAAAAACCUGGCCCCAUUCGCUUCCAGUGUAAGUGCUUCACCGUAGGCUUGAUUUUUACUAGUAAAAACUAACAUUACGAUUUUUUGUGAUUUAAUGCCAUGCUUCAAAGAGCUAGAGUCAAGUGUGGAUUCAGCAGUACUUAAAAAGCACUAAUAUUUGGUAAAUAUGUGCAAUUGUUCGUGCUCUGGAAAGCAUUUCAUAGAUAAAAUAUAUUAAUUUCAUAUUAGAGGCACACAUAGUUGGCAUGUGGAAGAGUUCAAAAUCACUGAAUGCAACAGUGUGUAAGAUUGGCAGACAUUUACAGAAAAGUCCUCUGAGAUAUGUUUCUUCUUGAGGUACACUUAUAAACUGCAUUCUGAAAUAAAAGCAGUCAUCUGCAUUCCAGAGCCUGACCUUUUACAUCCAUCUGUCCAGUCCUACACACAGACACUGAGGUGAGAUGGAGACAAAGUAGAGCAUCAUGCACUUCAGUGUCUUCAGAAACCUCUAAUCAAAUGAAGAUGGAUUUUGUUCAGUUCAUUGUAACAACACAAUUAAUUAUGCAUGACAGAGACAUUUAUUGGGCUCAUUUCACCCGUACUCCACUAAGUAACUGGCAAAUCGGGUUAUACUCCCUCUUCUCAAGGUAUAGGACAACACUUAUCAAGAGAACAGAUCUCCAAUGAGGCGUCUGUCUCUCAGACAAUGAUUCCACCAUGACUACGUCCUUUGUUUUUGGGUCAGUCAGUCGUUGUAUCUUCAUGAAUUUAUUCUGACUUGAUAUAAAGCUUCAGAGUUCAGAACACAUAUUGCUUUUCAUUGGGGAAUUUAAACAGAAAAAAUUUGAUUCAUGACAAUAUAAAACAAGAUCGUUCA